UCGAUUUCCAACAUCAAGCCACAUCGUGAUAUGUGAUAUACCUGAUCCAAUUUCUACGAGAAUGAUGUGUAUUUUAUAUUUUAUAAUACACCAGCCUUAUCAUGAGAUUGAUAGGCCGAAUGUAUUUUACAUGUCAUUUGUAAAAGUCAAUAGCCAGCUAACUUAUUUAAUUUCUGGUUUUGACGAAAGCCGGCAUAAAAUGCCGAGGUCACAGAGCGAGAAGGUGGGUUAUUGCGAGAAAGCAGGUGAAGAAGCAGUAACUGUACCAGUUCCCAAUAUAAAGAAUACACUUUCUUUAAAAGAUCUCAAACCUAUAACCAAUUCAAAUUUGCAGUCUCAGAAUUAUAAUGCUAGAAGGCCAGAUGAAUCUGUUAAGCAUCCUACUACAGAUCGAGAUCAACCCAAAAAUUUAGCAGAAUGCAAAGCUCUUUAUGAUGAAUUAUUGCAAAUGGAUGAAGAAGCAUAUAUUCUGCAAAAGCCUCUAACAGAAGAAGAAAAGUAUAAAGAGCAAGAAUUCUUUGGUGAACCUAAAAUCGAGGAGGCAAAUCUUCAGCAUGAGCCAUCUCAAAUGGUACAGCUGGAAAUUGAUCCCAAAGCUGGUCCGGGUCCUCAAACCCAAGCUCAUCAUGAAGGUAGACUUACUGAAUCAGAAGAAAUAGUAACUCAACAAACUACACCAUUAGAUAAUAUAGAAUUAAUUCAGUAUGCAAAAGAUAUGUUCAAAGUAGAUGGAGCUGAAUAUGUUUUCUCAACCUGGUUUACAGAAGCUACAGAUAUUGAUUUGGUCAGUGUAAUAUUAGAAGCAGAAAAUGAAGAUGAAGCUAUGCAGAAGGUAUUUUUACAAUGUCUAUAUCGGAAUUAUUCAGAAGAAAAAAUCAAUAAAAUCAUAAAAUUGGCAGUAGAUACAUAUAGAGUAUCAGAUAAAGGGAGUAAAAACUGGUUGAUAUAUAUGGAAGAUCAAAUAGAAUCAAAAAAAUUCGAAGCUGAAAUGACUGAAAGGCAAGCCUGA